CUAAAGACAUGUGCUUUUUCAUUAUUCAAAAUAAGCUACUGAAAUGGUUUGGUUCUCUGCUGUCACUCAAGUGCAUUCAAGGCAGUCUGGAGAGUGUGUUUACGCAGUGGAUGAUGUGUCCUUUGUCAACUGUGAGCAAGACUUUCUCCCUCCCGCUCUGACAAACUACAGCUGCAACUUCGAGGAAGGUCUCUGUAUUUGGAAGCAGGCGGCUGAUGAUGACUUGGACUGGAGCGUCAGGUCUGGCCCCACAGAGACGCCCAACACUGGACCUCCAGCAGACCACACCAGUGGCACAGGGAGUUAUCUUUACAUGGAGAGCUCUCCACCGACGGUGAAGGGGAGUGUGGCUCGGCUGAAGUCUUCACCGCUGCCACCUGCUGGCGAGGAAGGAUACUGCCUGUCAUUUUGGUACCACAUGUCCGGCGCCACGGUGGGCUCUCUGAGGAUCCUUUUGCAGUCCACCGAUCCCUGGAACAGAACUCUGGUGUGGCAAAAGUCGGGAGACCAGGGGGAGGAGUGGCUUCUGGCGCGGAGUCACGUGACCUUGCAGGACGUGCACCAAGUGAUUUUGGAGGCCACCGUGGGGGGCGAGGCUGGGGACGUGGCUGUCGAUGACCUGGCGCUCGCCAGCGGCCCCUGUCCUACCUCCGAUGUGUGCGACUUUGAGGAGGGGAGCUGUAACUGGCAGCAGGAGACGGAAGAUGAUGCAGACUGGAUCAGACAGUCAGGCCCGACCUUUAACCCCAACACGGGACCAGACAGCGACCACACCACCGAGUCGCCCGCCGGACACUACUACUACCUGCCCUCUUCUGGGGCCGACCGUGCCGGGGACACGGCUGUAAUGUCCUCGCCCCUGUACGGCGAGGGGAAAGGAGUUUGCGUGCAGCUGUGGUACCACAUGUUUGGCGCCGGUGUCGGGACACUCAACGUUUAUCAGCGGAGCGAGAACAAGCAGCGGCAUCUGGUUUUCUCUCGCACCGGAGACCAGGGUGAGAUGUGGCGGUUUGCUCAGGCACCACUUCUGCCUGACACACAGCCUUUCAGGCUUGUGGUGGAAGGAGUGAAGUCCGGACCGACCCUGGAAGGAGACAUGGCCUUCGACGACGUCCGCCUGACUGACACCGAGUGUCCCCCAGCGGGACAUUGUGAUUUUGAGAGCAACAUGUGCGGCUGGAGGAACCUGGCGGGUGACGUGGAUCAGGCCGACUGGCUCCGUGGACGAGGCGCGUCCACCACGUUGGGGCCCAGUGUCGAUCACACCACCAACUCUUCUCAAGGUUACUAUCUGUACGUGGACAACUCAGUGGGCGAGUGGGGCACCAGGUCCCUCCUGUCUGGAGAUGUGCUCCAGCCGUCCACUAGAGGGCACUGUCUCAGAUUCUGGUACUACAUGUUUGGGGAUGUUGGAACCCUGCGAGUCUCAGUCAAUGACAGACAAACGAGUGCCAGUGGUAACAAGGAGGGGUUACCAAAGUGGACAGAGUCAGGGAACAAUGGGAACAAGUGGAAGGAGGCCAGUGUGUUUAUUACACUGGACCAGCCCUUCUGGGUGGUGUUUGUGUCUCUGAGAGGGAAGGAAAGCGCCGGCUACAUUGCUCUGGAUGACGUCACCAUCCUUCCUGGACCCUGCCACUCUGAGGUCGUCUCCCCGUCUGGACAAGAUCCAAAGUUUGUGGUGCUGAUCGUGGGCCUCACUCUUCUGGCCGGACUCGUCAUCGUGGUCUGCCUGGUGGUGGUCAACAGGAAGUGCUCGUCCAGGAGGAGUGGAGCGGUGGCGAGCGACCGUGUGACCGUGUCGGGCUCAGUGAUCGACCUCUUCAGCGGCAGCAGAGAUGACACCGAGACUGGCGUGGUCUCCUUCAGCAACAGUCUGUACGACCCCUCGGCUCGUGGCAUGUCAAGCGCAUGACCCCGGAGAGUCUCUCCAUCAUUUCAGUGGCUCGCUGUUCAGACUCUCUGACCACAGUCUAGGAAAGCUCUUUUUUUCUGAUGAAAUUGGAUAAAGUGAAGGUUUGGUCUUGUACUUGUUUUGGGACGACAGUGUUUUUUAAUCCUGAUAUUAGAUUAAACUGCCUUUCUUCUACCCAAACUGGGGAAAUGUUGGUUGUUGCAGCAGCAAACAAACAUUAAAGACGUGGACAAAGUUCAUAUUCCGAUGGCACAUACUCCAUAUAGGUCCAUAUGAAGGAGCUUAGGUGGAGCGUCAGAGGCGAAGUGUCUCAUGGAAACAGCAGACUGAACACAGAGCACACGCUGACCUGAACACACCUAACAGGAGCACAUGUGCAGGAGCUGAGAGCGGAGCAGCCCUGCAAUCGUACGGUUUGAAUCCCAGCUGCAGAGAGGCUUGCUACUUCAGGAGGUGGCUCAUUGGACUGAUGGCUGGGUGACCCACGUGUUGAGGCUGAAGAGCAAUAUCCCCAUAUUUCAAGUGAGAGCAAAUGCCGGAUCCAAGUCAAAGCCAGACAAUAAACCUGGCUGAUUCUCAUGUGUAGAAUCUGUGUAGUUCCAUCACAGAGCAACAACACUGUCGAAAGAGGAAAAUUGACGUAACAAAAAUGAAAGACUUUAUAAAAUAAUAAAGGAAAAGCAACACAAAAAUGCCAAACAAUGAGCAGUGAGUCCAGUCACAUAUGUACCGACAGAACUUGCCUGUGUGAGUUCUGUCAUGUUGAGUGUUGGUUUCUCUGAGUCAGGGUUAUUGCCUAGGUGGGUGAGGAUCCCACCACCUAGGACAGUGCUCUGGUACAGCGUGCAGUCAUGAACAAACGAACCAUCAACACCGUUCAUAAAUCAACGAGUGAAACCGGUAAUAUCAGAAGUGACACAACAGAACAAAGGCUCUUCAUGAAUUCAUCAGUCUGACGGGGGAAACGCUGCCAUUCUACUUUCAUGAGUCACUCAAUGGAACCAAGCUGAAUUUCUCGGUCGAGUGGAGGCGUUGUGCCUGACGCGGGUCGGCGGCAGAACAAUGGACCGCGUCCGGCUUCUGCCGAGGCCGACCCUCCUCCAGCCCUCCCACUGUCGGCGGCGUCCUGCGUCUGUGGAGAGCGUGCGACCCGAUUGGUCAGCGUCCAGAUUGACAGCCUCGCCAGCCUAUCAGCGGCCGCUUCCGUCAUUAUCCCCGGCCCCAGCCUCACUUCCGUCCAUCCCAUCGCGCUCAGUGACAACGGUGGAGCUCCGGGCUGGAACAAUGGGCGUCCAAGUUGAGACCUUAAAGCCAGGCGACGGUGCCACUUUCCCCCGCGGUGGGCAGACGGUCACGGUGCACUACGUCGGCACGCUGACGAACGGCCAGAAGUUCGACUCGUCCAGGGACCGGGGGAAGCCGUUCCAGUUCAAGAUCGGACAGGGACAGGUGAUCCGCGGCUGGGACGAA